AUGGAUAGAGUAGGGGAGGCGUCAACAUCGACGCCAAUCGACAUCCCAUCCAUACAGGCCGGUAUCGAUCAGAAAAAGCCUGCCAAGCAAAUUCUUCGCGAAUCUGUCAGGAAGAUCGGUGCCCACUAUGCCUACCCCUUCCGCAGUGCUUCUAAUUUCUGGCAAACGGUGCUCCAGUUUAUUCCGAUCCUGCAGUGGCUCCCAAAAUAUCGGGCUAAGAAAGACUUACUGCCGGACAUGAUUGGAGGGGUGACGACCGGUGUGAUGCACGUACCUCAAGGCAUCGCGUACUCGGUUUUGGCGGGUGUCCCUCCGGUCAACGGUCUCUACUCGUCGUGCUUCCCGGAUUUCUUCUAUAUGGUUUUCGGGACAUCCCGUCAUGCCUCAAUAGGUAGUUUCGCCGUAGUCGCCUUGUUAGCCGGUGUGGCCAAUACGAAUGUGCAAGAAAUGAUGCGUAUGCGCGAACAGAACGGCUCCUUCUCGGCAGACCCGUAUAGUCCGGUUGAAAUAGCAAUGACCCUAACGCUGUGUGUCGGCAUUAUCCAGCUUUUAUGCGGUCUACUUCACCUCCAGUUCUUAACUAAUUAUUUCUCGGAUGCGUUGGUCUCAGGUUUUACGACGGGUGCCGCUGCCCAUGUGCUAAUUGAGCAAUUCGACGAUCUCCUCGGUGUCAAAAUCCCCAAAUAUUCCGGACCCGGUUAUAUUUUCAAGAAGCUAUUUGCGCUGAUUGUGCGUAUUCCCGAGGCGAAGCCGAUAAUCCUCAUCGUUUCGGCGUUGUCGCUCACCUUUCUUUACAUCGCCUCCUCAUAUUUGAUGAGCAUGAGCCAAACUUAUGGUGUACCGGUGGUUCAGCACAUCCCGAUCGGAGUACCAGAGCCGUCACUGCCGAUUCUCGACCUAUUCCCCGCAUGUCUCGUUGCUGCUCUCCCGAUUGCUGUCGUCGCCACCGCUGUCCACAUCUCGAUGGCAAAAAUGCUAGCCAAACAGUAUAACUACAAAAUUGACGAUCAACAGGAGUUGUAUGCCUUGGGCUUCACAUCUAUUCUUGGCGGGCUUUUCCCGGUUUAUCCAGUAUCAACAGCCCUCGGUCGGACCAUGGUCAAUGUUUCCAGCGGUUCCAGAACCCAGCUCUCGACAGUUUUCUCUUGUCUCCUCCUAUUGACGCUAAUAUUGUGGCUUGGCGUUCUCAUCGAGCCGCUACCAAUGUGCAUCUUGGCGGCUAUUAUUACGGUCGCCCUGAAAGGAAUGUUCCAAAAAUGGGACGAGCUGAAUGCUUUCUGGACGGUCAGCAAAAUUGAUGCGUUCGUCUGGGUGUUCUCUUUCGUUUGCACGCUUUGUGUGGAUGUCGUCUGGGGCUUGGCGGCUUCGAUCGCCUUCUCACUGGCCAUUUUGGUGGCCCGACUACAAUGGCCCAGAUGGCAGCAUUUCUUCCAACCAAGCCUUGGAAAACCCGCAACAUUUGAUGGGCCUCUAUCCAUCUGCGUGCACAAAUUCAACGCCCCUUUGGUUUUUGCCAAUGUGGAACGGCAAUCGAUCGCAAAAAUUACGGCCAAGUGGACCUGGGAACAACGACCACCAGUCAUGGUGAUCGAAGCAAAGGAUGUCGAGAAGCCUGAUCUCGAUCUUUCAACCGUGCAUCGGAUCCUGGUUUUGGACUUCUCUGCUGUAAAUUACAUCGACUACAUGGGAGCCAAAACAUUGAAAGAGGUGAUUGCCGAGGCGAGAAGGUGCAAUAUCGUCAUCUACAUAUCCGGUGCAAACGGAUCUAUCCUGGAUUGCAUGGAAAAGGCAAAGAUUACGCCAGACGAGAUACCCGCCAUCCACAUCUUCCAGCAAAUAAAUCAAGCCUUUAUAUAUGCAAAGAGCGCCUGUGAGCCGCAG